CCACUGUAUAUUUUUUGCUUCCUUUUGCAGCAGUUGCAGUAGCCAUCAUGCCUAAAAGCCGGCAGAUGACUAUCGUAUGCAUAAUUAACCUAGAGCCAAGCAGUUCUUCAACCACUAUCAAGAAUAGGGCAUUCACUGACAUUGAGAAAGCAUGUCAACGAAUUAAAGCAAGUCUCACUGUUGUACCCUUCAAAAAUCUUGAUUUUGGUGAAACAUCUGCUUUGGAAAGUUUUUACAAUGCUGAUGUUGUGAUUGUGGAUAUAUCGACAGGAAUAGUUCAAGCUCUUGGCUAUCAUGUUGGUGUCCGCCACAGUAUGGGUAUGAAACACAACAUCAUAAUUUCUUGUGAGAUAGAUACUGAAGUAACACAUCCAUUCAAGUUAUGCUGGGGCAAUUCCUACAAAUACUUGCCUUAUACUCUUGAUAACAAUGGUGCUUGUGUAGUUGCUGAUCCUGCAAGAGGGCAACAAAUAGAUACUCAAGUUGUGAACACAGGUGAUGCUGCUCCUUUACUGUGCAAUGCAAUACAAAGUGUCUUGCUUGAGGUAGAAAAAGAUAACAAGUAAGUGUCAAUUUGUAAU